AGUUUCUCUUCGAAUUCUAGUUCCUCCGGCAACUGUGCUAGGGUUUAUUGGCGAUUCACGUGAACUUGGAAUUGCCAUCUCUACCUGCGCGUGCCGUUAUGACUCUGAAUUUAUCCGCCCGUUGCGAACGUAUGGUUUGGAUGGGACUGAAUUGAGGGUAUCGCUAGUUUGUUAGCUCUCGCACAGAGAGAGUGGCUCUGUGAACGCAUUUCGAAGCCGACUGCUGGCCCUCGGUGCUUCUUUGUGCUAGUAGUCCCGAGCAAAAGCUGGUUGGUAUCUGAGAGAGUUUCGGGGAUUGAUUUAUAGUCUUUGCGACGUUGGUUUUUGGCCGGUGUCAGUUAUCCGUGGUAGUUAUCUAUCACUCUGGAAUCGAUCAUUUUGGCAUCGAACUCGAUGAGUGCGUGUACCUGGUUCGUGCUAGCAGUCUUCAUGAUCUGUGCAAGAUAAGAUAAUGAGAAGGAGGGCCAUGUGGCCACUGAUCUGUUCGUGUUUGUGUGAUGACGCCCCCGGCCCUACAGCGAGCAUGGUGAGAGCUAAUAACAUCUUUGAACUGAUGAGGCUUUGGAAUGGAUUAGAUACUCUUUCAUGGCGGCGGUAUUUGAAUUAUUUAACAAGCUACAUCGGAGCAAUGUCUGAUUCAGAGAGUUAUAUGAAGUUACAAUCGGGAUGAUAGAGAUCUUCGGGCAUGUUGUUCAUUAUACUUCUGUAGAGGCAGUAGGAUUUUACAAAGCUAUUUGUAAUUUAAUUAUACGUAUUGUAAGAGUUUAACAAGUGCUCUGCGGAAUUUCACUGGUCUGGUGUAUGAAAAUCUUCUAUGGGUCCCCUUGGCUUCUCAUUUUCCUUUUUGGGUGAACUAGUUCCAUUGUUGCGCUGGUUUUUCUCCCUAAUUCUUUCCUUCUGUACGUAGAAAAUGGAGGAACUUUCAUUACCCUGCACAGUAUGUAUAACUUUGAUCUCCCCGAACCCAAUAUGUUGCUACUUGAUGGAAUUUGAAUUGGGUACUAAGCUUGUUUAUCUUGUUCCUACAUUUGUGAAUCGUGCUUUUAUUUUGGGAUUUGAGGCAAGCAGGAAACUCAUCUGACCUGAAAUGGCUGGGGGAGGAUUUGUUCGCCAGCUUUUGAGGAGAAAACUUCAGCCUUGCUUCAAGGCUUCUACAUCGUUGGCCCCACUUUUCUCAAAGGAAAGUGAGAUUAAUGCUGGAGGUGUGAGUGCUUUGAGAGCAUUUGCAUUGCUCGGGGCAGGUGUCUCAGGAUUUUUUAGCUUCACAACACUUGCGUCUGCUUCUGAUGAGGCAGAACAUGGUUUAGAGUGUCCAAGCUAUCCCUGGCCUCACAAAGGCAUUCUGAGUUCUUAUGACCAUGCAUCGAUCCGCCGUGGUCACCAGGUUUACCAGCAAGUCUGUGCGUCUUGUCAUUCAAUGUCUCUUAUAUCAUUUCGUGAUUUAGUGGGAGUUGCUUACACGGAAGACGAGGUGAAAGCUAUGGCGGCUGAGAUCGAGGUGGUUGAUGGGCCUAACGAUGAGGGUGAGAUGUUUACUCGUCCUGGGAAGCUAAGUGAUCGAUUUCCUGAGCCUUAUGCAAAUGAAGCAGCAGCCAGAUUUGCUAAUGGAGGGGCCUAUCCUCCUGAUUUAAGUCUAAUCACUAAAGCUCGUCACAAUGGUCAAAAUUAUGUAUUUUCACUUCUGACCGGUUACCGUGAUCCUCCAGCUGGUGUUGCAGUAAGUGGUGUUCCAUCAUUUUUUUUCCCUGUCAGAAUGUUCCAUCAGAUUAGGCGUACUUGUUUUCGCUGCAUUUUUUCCUUUCAUUUUACUAGGGUUGGCACGAAUGAGAAAGGAGUUUAAAGUAGUAUUUAAGGU